AUGUCAAUUACCCCGAUCGGGGCUUUCGGCAAACGUUUGCUGAAGUCUCGGUACCAUCAUGACAAACACACGGCGGCCGUUCCACCAAACACCGAUCUGCUCAAGAUUGCAGUUAAUACCGUAGACAGGCAACGACUGCGAAGAUAUGGCCCUGAAAGAGUAUGCGCAGAAUGGAUAUUACGUAAUGGAGGUUCGGUACGUUGGCACGGCAACAAUAAGGAAACAAUAUCGAGUUAUGCAAAACUUCAAAGAAUGGGCACAGCAGGAAAAUAUCUCGAUGUAAUUGACGCCAGUGGAACUACUAUCAUGCAAUAUGGAUUUCUUCAUCUGCGAGGAGUUACCAGACUAAGAACCAUGAUCAUGCGAAGUUGACGCAAAGCAGAAAAAAUGCCGCUGGAAAUGAU